AUGCACCAGCUGGCCAUCGACGAGGGUAAUCCCUACCCUCUUGGCUCAGCUGCUCUGCAACAGGAGUUCUAUGUUGAUGAUCUCAUCUCUGGCGGCAACUCGGUCGCAGAGGUCAUGGAAAAGAUGCGCCAAACUUCAAGUCUACUGUCUUGCGGUAACUUUAAGCUUAGAAAAUGGUGCUCGAGUAACCAGGAGGUGCUUGAUGGAAUUCCGGAGGACGACGUGGAGAAAUUUCUACGGUUUCAUGAUGGAAGCGACAUUACCAAAACUCUUGGUUUAGCUUGGGACCCUGCGUCGGAUCAGCUGCUGGUUGCCUUGUCCGCGCUGGACUCGAAUUCAAGGCCCUCCAAGCGGUCGGUUUUGUCAACUAUUGCGCGUUUCUACGACCCUCUUGGAUUGAUUAAUCCUGUUAUUGUCAGGUGCAAGAUCUUUCUUCAGCAGCUUUGGAGAGAACAUUUGGACUGGGAUGAAAGCCUACCGACAGCGCUGCACUCAACUUGGAUUGACCUGAGAAACAGUUUGGCAAGCAUCUCUCGCAUUUCCUUUCCUCGCGUUGUCCAUAAUUCCGGCACAAUUGUAGAGGUUCAUCGAUUUUGUGAUGCCAGCAUGGAAGCAUAUGGUGCUUGCAUAUAUGUCGUGUCCAGGCAAGGGGAGUCGUCGAGCAAUGUUUUGUGCUCAAAGUCUCGAGUGGCGCCACUAAAAUCAUUGUCGAUUCCAAAGGUGGAAUUGAGUGGAGCCCAUUUGCUUGCGAAGGUUAUGCGCAACUUAAAGGAGACGGGAAUUUUCCCAGGUCAGUUUUACUGCUGGUCGGAUUCGUCUACGGCGUUAUCUUGGAUUCGGGAUGAGCCAGCCAAAUUUCAGGUUUUCGUGGCAAAUCGAGUGGCAACAAUUCAGGAGUUGACGCAAGGCAUGGAAUGGCGCUAUGUUCCCACAUUGUUGAAUCCCGCUGAUAUCCUCUCCAGAGGCUCGCUUCCCAGCUACCUCAUCCAGUCAGAGCUGUGGUUUCACGGCCCCUCGUUUUUGUUAGGUUCUAAGGAUGAGUGGCCUGUAUCUGCCGUUUCUGAAACUCCGACCAUUGAGCUUCGCAAGCGUGUAUUGCUGAUCGCGUCUCCACAUGCCGAUCUCACGUCCGGAUGCAAAUUUGCUAAUUCUUUCUUUGGCAUGCAGCGCACAUUCGCCUACAUGUAUAAAUUCGUUCAUCGUCUUAGACAUCCUGGACUCACGGUUUCUGACAUACAGCAAGGAACGCAUCUUCUUGUUCGACACGUUCAGCUGGCAAGUUUGUGGUCGGACAUAAAGGAGAUUAGACGCAAUGGGCAAGUCAGGAAGUCUAGCUCCAUCAGUUCGCUAUCUCCGUUCAUCGAUCCGUCGGGUUUACUUCGAGUUGGAGGUCGUCUCGGCAACUCAUCGCUCCCGUUUAAUGCUCAGCACCCGCUUAUUUUGCCCAAGGGACAUCCCGUAACAUCUGCAAUGAUAAGCUAUUAUCAUCAACGGAACCUCCAUGCCGGACCUCGCGCCUUGCUUGCUAAAAUUCGAUUAGAAUAUUGGCCUAUUGGAGGAAUCAAAGCCGUCUCGAAAGCGGUUAGCAAGUGUGUAAGAUGCUUCAGAACGAGGCCGCGCAUGGUUGAGCACAUUAUGGGGGACUUGCCUAAGGAGCGUCUGGAAGGAUCGCGGGCCUUCGAAGUAACUGGAGUGGACUAUUGUGGACCCUUUUUCUACCGAUCAGAAAUCCGCACGAGGCCUCCGAUCAAGUGCUACAUAAGCGUGUUUAUUUGCUUCACAUCUAAGGCCAUACACAUGGAGCUUGUUAAAGAUCUGACCACCGCAUCGUUCCUAGGCGCACUGAAACAAAAUCCUGAUGACUUGGAUGUGUUGAAGCCUGCUCAUCUGCUUUUGGGAGGCCCGCAUCAGUCAAUUCUCGAGCCUGACCUAACGAAGCUCAACUACAACCGUCUGGAUGGUUGGCAUCGGGUCACUCAACUGCAGCAAACAUUCUGGAGGCGUUGGCGCGAAGAGUAUCUGACUCUUUUGCAAGAGCGCUCGAAGUGGCGUACGCCUGCGAAAAACCUCUGCGUCAACGAUGUCGUCUUGGUGAAGGAUGAGAAUCUUCCUCCAAUGCGUUGGCCACUGGCUAGAGUGGUCGACGUCGUCAAAGGCAAGGAUGGAGUAGGCCGCGUGGCUGAUUUGAAGACGGCUUCAGGAACCAUCAGGAGGGCCGUUACUCGGCUGUGUUUGCUGCCCCUUGAGAAAGAAAUCUCACUGCAGCGGAAUGCAAGCACCGGAGGAUACAAUGCAAUUUCUGACGACAUGUCCAAUCGUAAAGGAGAUUAG